CCCAGAUCUAACCGUUCAAACUGUCAAUCCGAUCCCAUUUGCUUCCAUCCCUGUCGGCAGCUGACGCAAAUCCCAUCUUAGAUCGCUGCUAUUUAAUCUCUCUGAUUUACGCGCAAUCGUAGAAAUCUCACUCCCCGCUAGAUUUUCGAAGGAAAUUGAAGUCUAUACGGUUCUUGCAUAUAUCUUAGUUGUGUCUCUGUGUCUAGAAGAAGAAAAACAUACAAGGUUUUUUCAGCUGAACCAUUUUUAUUUCCACCAUUAUUGAGCUGACAAAAACUGAUUCUUUAUUAUUUAGUGAUUUUUUGUGGCAUUAUGUUCUGAUUGGAGGUGAUUGUUUUGAAGAUAUUGAAAGAUCUGUCCUCGUUUACAUCUUAUUGGGAUUUUCCAAUGUUGAAUUUGUUGCCUCUGUGAAAUGGGUUUUAGGGGUGGAAUCUGAAAGUCCCAAAUCCAUAGAUAAAAAUGCUUUCUUUGCUGAAGAUUUAGCUUGUUUCUUGAUGUAAAAGUAGUGGUAAGGUGAGUGGAUAUUAUUGGAUAUUCACAUUUUCUUAUUGGAAAGAGAGAAAUGUUUUGGAGGGAAAGGGAGAGAGAAAGAGAUAUCAAAGAGCAAGAUGGAGGGCCUCCUGUUGGGCAGGUCAGGGUGCUUAUUGUUGGGGAUUCAGGUGUGGGUAAGACUUCUCUCGUUCAUCUGAUAAUGAAAGGCCAUUCUGUUUCUCACCCUUCUCAAACUGUCGGCUGUAGCGUAAGUGUAAAGCAUACGACAUAUGGAAAUUCUGGUAGCUCCUCUAAUAGUUUGAAAGGUGAAGCUGAGAGAGACUUUUUUGUCGAAAUCUGGGACAUAUCAGGGCACGAACGUUAUAAAGAUUGCCGGUCUCUGUUCUACUCUCAAAUCAAUGGUGUUGUGUUUGUUCAUGACCGUUCUCAAAGAAGGACAAAGUCGAGCUUACAAAAAUGGGCAGUUGAGAUUGCAGAAAAAGGGACAUUUUCAGCUCCUUUGGCAUCCGGGGGUCCCGGUGGGCUCCCGGUUCCGUAUAUUGUCAUUGGUAACAAAGCAGAUAUUGCUCCAAAAGAAGGCACUCGAGUCAGUAGUGGUAAUCUCGUUGAUGUAGCCCGUGAGUGGGCUGAAAAACAGGGAUUACUCCCACAAAGUGAAGAGCUCCCAUUAGUCGAGAGCUUCCCUAGCGGUGGAGGCCUUAUAGCCGCAGCUAAAGAAGCCAGAUAUGACAAGGAAGCUGUGAUGAAGUUUUUCAAAAUGUUGAUCAGGAGAAGGUACUUCUCCGAUGAAUUACCCGGUGCAGCCCCGUGGUCCUCCCCUGUUGGUCGUUCAAUUUCACAAUCUGGCGAAAUCUCAAGUGACGAAGACCAUCUAUACAAGAGCUCAAGCCUGAUUGGAGACUCGUACAAGUACAAUGUGCUUCCUCCCCUUCCUGCUCAACGCAACCUGACACCACCUCCCACGCUCUACCCUCAGCAGCCCAUGUCGACUCCUGACAACUACAGCAUCCCCAGAUUCGCCCUCACGAGCUCCCACGAGAUCACCAGCACGAGAUCAAAGCGUAUGGACAUCAAUGUCUAAUGUCAUCCACCUAACCACGUACAUCUUGCAAUAUAUAUAGUGGUGUUUUUAUUCCAUCAAAUUGUGAAAUGAAAAUUGAUUGUAUACAAGCCAUUUUUUGCCAUUCUUGUGCUUAAUUGAUUCUUUUUCAGCCAUCA